CCUUUCCCCGCAGGCGGACGUGACAGAGGGGGACGUGAGGGCCUUCGAGGGGACCUGGGGGCUGCAGUGGUCCUGCUGGACUUCGCCAAGGCGCAGGGGGAGCUGGGCUGGCUCACCCAGCCCUACGGCAAAGGGUGGGACCUGCUGCAGAACAUGCUGAACGACUCCUCCAUCUACAUCUACUCGGUGUGCAACGUGCUGGAGGGCGAGCAGGAGAACUGGCUGCGGACCAACUGGAUCUACCGGGGGGUGGCCCAACGCAUCUUCAUCGAGCUCCAAUUCACGGUCCGUGACUGCAACAGCUUCCCCACCGCCGGCAGUGGCUCCUGCAAGGAGACCUUCAACCUCUACUACGCCGAAUCCGACGUGGAUUACGGCACCAACUUCCAAAAGAGACAAUUCAAGAAGAUCGACACCAUUGCCCCAGAUGAAAUCACUGUCCAGGACGAUUUUGUUCUCCGGAACGUUAAACUCAACGUUGAGGUGCGAUCAGUGGGACCUCUCCGGCGGAAAGGUUUCUACUUGGCUUUCCAGGAUUUGGGAGCUUGCGUGGCGUUGCUUUCCGUUCGGAUCUAUUACAAGAGGUGCCCGGCUGUGUUACGGGGCAUGGCUCACUUCCCCGAAACGGUGGCUGGUGUCGACUCUCAGACUUUGGCCGAGGUGCAGGGAACGUGCGUGGAGGAGGCGGUGGCCGACCAAGCCCCGGUGCUGCAUUGCAACGCUGACGGCGAGUGGUUGGUGCCCAUCGGGGAGUGCCUGUGCCGAGCCGGCUACGAGAAAGUGGGAGAGAGAUGCCAAGGGGGGUUGCCAGGGACAGGGGUCACCGUCACCGACCUGGAGCCGCACCGUCAAUACACCUUCACUGUCGAAGCCCGGAACGGGGUGUCACCCUACAGCCACCAUCGUAGCGUGGCCACCGCCACCAUCAGCGUUAAUCAGACAGAGCCACCCCGGGUGACAUCGGUGAGCCUGGAUGGACGAACGGCCACCAGCUUGGUCCUCUCCUGGACGGUGCCACUGCGGCAGCAGAGUCGGGUCUGGAAGUACGAGGUCACCUACAGCAAGAAGGUGGAUGAGAACAGCUACUCAGUGCUGCGCUGCGAGGGCACCUCCGUCACCCUCCCCAAGUUGUCCCCUGCCACUGCCUAUGUGGUGCGGGUCCAGGCACUCACCCAGGACGGCCACGGCGCAUACAGCCCCCAGCAUGAGUUUGAGACCCUGCCCGAGGGCACUGAGGCCAUGGCAUCCACUGCCAUUAUCAGCGGCUCCAUCGCUGGUGUCUUCAUUGUCCUCGUCCUCUUGGCUGCUCUCCUCUUCCUCGAGGCACGGAAAAGGAGGUCACGGCCACGCCAGUCCACCGAGGACGUCUACUUCUCCAAGUCAGACCAGCUGAAGCCCCUCAAGACCUACGUUGACCCUCACACUUACGAAGACCCCAACCAAGCCAUGCUCAAGUUCACCACCGAGAUCCCUCCAUCCUCCAUCACCCGCCAGAAGGUCAUCGGCGCUGGUGAAUUUGGGGAGGUCUACAAGGGCACUCUGAAGUGUGGCAAGAAGGAGGUGCCAGUGGCCAUCAAGACCUUGAAGGUGGGCUACACGGAGAAGCAACGGGUGGACUUCUUGAGUGAAGCUGCCAUCAUGGGCCAGUUCUGCCACCACAACAUCAUCCGCCUGGAAGGGGUCGUCUCCAAGUACAAGCCCUUCAUGAUCAUCACGGAGUACAUGGAGAACGGCGCUCUGGAUAAGUUCCUGAGGGAAAAAGAGGGAGAAUUUGGUGUCAUCCAGCUGGUGGGGAUGUUGAGGGGCAUCGCCGCCGGCAUGAAGUACUUGGCCAACAUGAAUUACGUCCACCGGGAUCUGGCUGCCCGGAACAUCUUGGUGAACAGCAACCUGGUGUGCAAAGUGUCCGAUUUUGGGCUUUCGAGGGUGUUGGAAGAUGACCCUGAAGCCACCUACACCACCAGCGGUGGGAAGAUCCCCAUCCGUUGGACGGCACCUGAAGCCAUCUCCUACCGGAAGUUCACCUCCGCCAGCGACGUCUGGAGCUACGGCAUUGUCAUGUGGGAGGUGAUGUCCUAUGGUGAGCGACCAUACUGGGAGCUAUCAAACCAUGAGGUGAUGAAGGCCAUCAACGAGGGCUUCCGCCUCCCUGCCCCGCUGGAUUGUCCCUCUGCCAUCUACCAGCUGAUGAUGCAAUGCUGGCAGCAAGAGCGCAGCCGGCGCCCCAAGUUCGCCGAUAUCGUCAGCAUCCUCGACAAGCUCAUCCGCGCCCCCGAGUCCCUCAAGGCGCUGGCGGACUUUGACCCCCGCAGCCCCGAGUGGCUGGAGUCCAUCAGGAUGCCCCAGUACACGGAGCACUUCAUGGCCUCGGGCUACAGCACCAUCGAGAAGGUCCUGCAGAUGACCAGCGACGACAUCAAGAAAAUCGGGGUGCGCUUGCCGGGGCACCAGAAGCGAAUCGCCUACAGCCUGCUGGGGCUGCAGGAGCAGGCCGGGACCGGGGGGGUCCCCAUUUAACCCCCCUGCACCCCCCAAAAUACUUGAACCAAAUGAAGACACCCCCCCUCAUCCCCAAGGGGUUUAUUUAUUAUUUCUAUUAUU